AAGUCCGAACCCCCCCCCCUAACGAAGACUCCAUCGACGAUGAACGAGCGAGCGUCGUAAUCUCUUCUUCGCCGCCGCCCCCACCACAGCACAGCACGAUCGAGGGAUCCCGAGGGAGACGCUCCCCACCCCCGGGCGAUGGCGGCGCAACCGCAGGGCGGCGGCGCUGCGGCGGCGGCGGCGGCGGCCAUGGACCCCGCCGCGCUAGACGACAUAAUCGGGCGGCUGGUGGAGGUCCGAUCGUCGAGGCCCGGGAAGCAGGUGCAGCUCUCGGAGUCGGAGAUCAAGCAGCUCUGCGUCGCGUCCAGGGAUAUCUUCAUGCAGCAGCCCAACCUGCUCGAGCUCGAGGCGCCCAUCAAGAUUUGCGGUGACAUUCAUGGACAGUACAGUGACUUACUGAGGCUUUUCGAGUACGGCGGUUUUCCUCCUAUUGCCAAUUACUUAUUUCUUGGAGACUAUGUGGAUCGUGGCAAGCAGAAUUUGGAGACGAUAUGCCUUCUGCUUGCCUAUAAGAUCAAGUAUCCAGAGAACUUCUUUCUUCUUAGAGGAAAUCAUGAAUGCGCUUCUAUUAAUAGGAUUUAUGGAUUUUAUGAUGAAUGCAAGCGGCGUUUUAAUGUGAGACUUUGGAAAGCUUUUACCGACUGUUUCAAUUGCCUCCCAGUCGCAGCUCUUAUUGAUGACAAAAUACUAUGCAUGCAUGGUGGUCUUUCUCCUGAUCUGAUAAAUUUGGAUCAAAUAAGAAAUCUACCGCGCCCGACUGCUAUUCCUGACACGGGCCUGCUGUGUGAUCUGCUUUGGUCUGAUCCUGGCGGUAGGGAUAUGAAAGGAUGGGGUAUGAAUGACAGAGGAGUCUCAUACACCUUUGGUGCAGAUAAAGUAUCAGAAUUUUUAACAAAGCAUGAUUUGGACCUUGUUUGCCGUGCUCAUCAGGUUGUUGAAGACGGAUAUGAAUUUUUCGCAGAUAGGCAACUAGUGACUAUAUUUUCAGCUCCAAACUACUGUGGUGAAUUUGAUAAUGCCGGUGCAAUGAUGAGUGUUGACGAGAAUUUGAUGUGCUCCUUCCAAAUCCUCAAGCCAGCAGAGAAGAAAGCCAAGUCAUUGAUGCCGACAAAGAUGUGAUGGUUGCUGCUGUAAUUCUUCAAUGAGAGAUUCUUCCCUGUGGCUCAGGAAGCAGCAAAAAUGUGAAGAUUGCUAUUAUAUGGCUUUUUAACAUCUGCAUUUGAUGUAAAUGCCAGUCUGCUGUUUGGAAGACCGACGCCGUUGUGAAGACAACUUGUCGGGCUCAAAUAAAUGCCAUUCUGCGGUAAUUUAUCUGCUGUGCUUGUUUAUGUAACUGUCCUGGUAAUGAUGUCUAUAUCGAUUGAACUGUUUGUUAGGGAGGAUAAGAAACGGGGUGGCAUUUUGGCACCUACAGAUGCAUUAAAAUGUGCUCUCUUGCCAUUAAUAUUCACAGUUUUUUUU